UGUCACGUCCUAGAAUGAUGAAAUCGUUUUGCCGGCCGGUGUGUGUGGGGUGUGAACUUUAUCUGAGAAGACUGAGGUGUAGAAGUGUUUCGUAGUUAAAAAACUUGGAGAAAUCGGAUGUCUUCUUAAUAUAAAUCAGUUUUUAUACUUAUUUUCAGGAGUAGCUUGUUAGCUACACAAACCGAACUGAUAACUGCGCUUCAUAGCUGAUUGUAACUCAAACGAGGGACGGGAUGUAUUCGUCAACUGCUCGACUGUGUUCUACCCUAAUACAAAGAGACCUGCCCGCAUUAUGUGUGUCCAAGUUGGGGUCACCAGUUAAAAAUCCACUGAAGAAACGAUCCUCGCCGGCUUCUCUGUAUCACCACUCCUUCCUGGACAGCCGGAUCAGCAAGCCGGUUCCGACGAAAGCAGCAUCGCGAAGUUUGGUGUGCUCUAGCACAGCUUAUUCCAUGGGCGGCAGCACCAGCCGGCUGUACAGUGCCCUGGCCCUGCCCCUGAGGAGCGCCCCCCCAGCCGGGGCGGAGCCCCGCGUGGAGCCCGGGGCCGAGGAGGAGCCCGCCGACCCCGACGCGCUGCUGAAGGAGUGCGAGGAGGCGCUGCGGAACCGCCCCGCCCGGCUCCACCGCGACUUUGUCUUCCCCGACGGCGACGCCCCCCUGAGCGCACCCAUCCGGGUCAUGCAGUGGAACAUCCUCGCCCAGGCUCUCGGCGAGGGCAAGGACGAUUUUGUGGAGUGCCCGCUGGACGCCCUCAACUGGGCGGAGCGCAAGUACCUCAUCCUGGAGGAGAUCCUGACCUACCGGCCCGACAUCCUGUGCCUGCAGGAGGUGGACCACUACUUCGACACCUUCCAGCCGGUCCUGGGCAGCCUGGGCUACCACGGCACCUUCUGCCCCAAGCCGUGGUCCCCCUGCCUGGACGUGGAGCGCAACAACGGGCCGGACGGCUGCGCCCUCUUCUUCCGCCGCGACCGCUUCCUGCUGCAGGACAGCGCCUGCCUCCGCCUGAGCGCCCAGGCCCUGGCGACCAACCAGGUGGCCAUCGUCCAGACGCUGCGGUGCCGGGCCACGGGGCGCCCCCUGCGGGCGGCCGUCACGCACCUGAAGGCGCGGAGCGGGUGGGAGGGCCUGCGCAGCGCCCAGGGCUCGGACCUGCUGAGGAGCCUGCGGGAGGCGGGCGGGGGCGGGGACGACGGGGGCGGUGGCGGCGGCGGCGGCGACGGAGCCCCCCUCCUGGUGUGCGGCGACUUCAACGCCGAGCCCGGCGAGGACGUGUACCGCCUCUUCUCCACCUCGGGCCUGGGCCUGGACAGCGCCUACAAGCGCCUGAGCGCCGACGGGCGCUCGGAGCCGCCCUACACCACCUGGAAGAUCCGCCCGUCCGGCGAGAGCCGCCACACGCUGGACUACAUCUGGUACUCGCGCCGCGGCCUCCGCGUGGACUCGGUCCUGGACCUGCCCAGCGAGGAGCAGAUCGGCCCGGGCCGCCUGCCCUCCUACAGCUACCCCUCGGACCACCUCUCCCUGGUCUGCGACGUCCGUUUCCAGGACGACCCCGACCGGCUCCAAUAAGCCCCUCCCUCAAAAAAACAACGCGAAUGUGCGUUUUUAAUCCUGAGCGUAAGACGUUUUAAAUAUAUACUGCAUAUAUUUAGAAACGUAUCGGUUGUUCCCGCUUUCAUAGGUUUCAUUCUGUGCAUUGUCAAAUGUAUAUUACCAAAGAUAUUCCGUAAUUUAUGAAGGUGGAAAUAAUUUAUUUUUUUAUAGAUGCUGUGCAUUUUAUUUUUCUUGCAUAUUCCUUGCAUUUUGGAUCAUGAAUUAAAUUUACAUGUGUUUUUUAAUGACCACUUAAGGGAGUGGUCUUGUGCCUGCACGCACAUUUUAGAUUUAAUUUAUUUUAUAGUUUUUAUUGCACUUUGUCACAACUGGAUAAAUCGAGUCUUAAUGAAUUUGCAAAAAGACCGUUUUAUCCACCAAUGCCUGAGCAUGUUUACAAAUUUAAAAUCAAUGACUAGGCAUGGUGUGGAUGAAUGGCGGUUUGCGGGUAGGCAUAGUGUAGAUGAAUGGUGGUUUGUGGGUGGGCAGUGUGGAUGAAUGGCAGUUUGGGUGGGGUCUCUGAGACCACACCCCAGAAAGUUGUUUGUGUGAAUUUAAUGGUAAUGAUUAUUUUAUUUUUUUUGUUUCUGUGCUUUCUUUUCAGUCUAGUAUAUUUUCUUCAAUUAUUUGGUGGUUCAAACAUUUGUAACCUGUUUCAACGACUGACUAGCAGGUUCGCACAUUUUUCUAUUUAUUGCGCACAUGCAUUUUUGUUUAUGUUUGGAUAAACGAUGCAAUAUUUACCACCCAAUGAACUAGUGAUACCACCCAUCUUUGGACCCACUGCUUAUUUUUAAUAUUAGAAUAAGGUGUGUUGUCUGUUUCCUGAAAUUAAAACCAUCAAUGGGAAAA